UGUUCAUAGUGUGUGGGACACCAGAAGAUAUCGUGGACCUGAAGAAUGGAACUAUGGAGGUUGAUCCUAGUGUUGUCUUCAUCCUGGUCGAUCUUUACAAUGAUAAGUACUACACCAAUAAGUCCUCUAUCCCUGCUAUGAAGAACGUGUUGGUUCUCACCAUGCCCAACACUAGGAACUAUACUGUGGACACAGACCUGGGCAACAACGUGACGAUGAAUGACUACAUGGCAGCGUACCAUGAUGCAGUGCUGCUGUUUGGUCAGGUGAUGAGAAAGAUCUGGAGCAAGCCUGAGUCUGAGCUCAACCACACGGAGGUAGUCAAUAUCAACCACUUCAGAAACAUCUCAUUCGACGGCAUCGCAGGCCACUACAAGCUGGAUGACCAUGGGGACAGAGACGUGAAUUUUUCAGUCAUUUACACCACCACUGACAACAAG